AUGACGAAUUGGACGAAGCAUAAUGUUGAGGUAGCCACUAAGACAAAUAAGAACACACCAGAGGUUAUAAUUGGAACCUCUGAGAUAAUAGAAAUUGUUGAGAAAGAAUGUGAACACCCACGAGAAUGCUGUGAAAAAAAGGUACUUGUCCAGCAGAGGGCGAAGCACCAGAUUCAGAUACACGCCAUGAUGGAUUCGAACUUUUCCCAGAUAAAAAGAGGAAAUGAUCUGCGAGAAAGGCAAGAUUAA